AUGGCCAAGUCCACAACAAAGGAGAGCAAGAAGGCCAAGGUCGCUGAGCCUCUCAGCACCGUCAAGGCCGGAGGCAUCACCAAGUCCUCCAAGUCCAAGUCCAAGGAUGUCGCCAAGAAGGUGACCAAGGAGAAGGACAGCAAGAAGAGCAAGAAGAAGGUCGAGUCUUCUUCUGAGUCCGAGUCUGAGAGCGAGUCUGAGGCUUCCGAGUCCGACUCCGAUUCUGACUCCUCUGAGGAGGAGGAGAAGAAGGUUACCAAGAAGCCCGCUGCCGCCCCCAAGGCUAAGGCCAAGGCCGCUUCCCCCUCUUCCGACUCCGACUCUGAGUCUUCCGCCGCCAAGUCCGACUCUGACUCUGACUCCGACAGCGAGUCCGAGGAGGAGAAGCCCAAGGCUAAGGCUGCCAAGGUCAACGGCGCUGCUAAGGCUGCUGCCGCCCCCGCCAAGAAGGCUGAGUCUUCUGACUCCGAGUCUGGCUCUGACUCUGACUCUGAUGAGAGCGAGGAUGAGAAGCCUGCCGCCAAGGGUGAGAAGAAGGCCGACUCUUCCGACUCCGACGAUUCCGAGGAUGAUUCCGAUGGCAGCGACAGCAGCGACUCCGAUGAGGAGGCUGGUGCCAAGGUUGAGAAGACCGAGGAGGCUCCUUCCAAGAAGCGCAAGGCUGAGGAUGAUGGCGAGGCCGAUGCUAAGAAGUCCAAGACCGAUGAGGCUACUACCCUCUUCGCUGGCAGCUUGAGCUGGAGCAUUGACGACAACUCUCUCUACGAGGCCUUCAAGCACAUCGAGGGUCUUGCCAACGCUCGCGUCAUGACCGAGAAGGGUACCGGCCGUAGCCGUGGCUUCGGUUACGUUGACUUCAACGACGGUGCCUCUUGCACCAAAGCCUACGAGACCAUGCAGGGUGUUGAGCUCGAGGGCCGUGCUAUCAACCUCGACUACGCCAACGCUCGUCCCGCUGACGCCAACCCCCGUGACCGUGCUGCCGACCGCGCUCAGCGCCACGGUGACACUGUCAGCCCCGAGAGCGAUACUCUCUUCGUCGGUAACCUUCCUUUCGAUGUCGACCAGGACAGCGUCCGCGAGUUCUUCCAGGAGGUCGCCGAGGUUGCCAGCGUCCGUCUUCCUACCGACCCUGACAGCGGUAACCUGAAGGGUUUCGGCUAUGUCAGCUUCAACUCAGUCGAUGAGGCCAAGCAAGUCUUCGAGGCUAAGAACGGUGCCUCCAUCGGCAACGGUCGCAUGUCCCGCAGCAUCCGUCUUGACUACGCCAGCAGCCGACCUCAACAGGGUGGCGGCGGCGGCGGCUUCGGUGGUGGCCGUGGUGGUGGCCGCGGAGGUGGUGGUUUCGGAGGCCGUGGUGGUGGUGGCCGUGGCGGCGGUGGUUUCGGUGGCCGAGGCGGUGGUGGUCGCGGCGCCGGUGGCCGUGGAGGUGGUCGUGGUGGUGCCCGCAGCUUCGGUACCGGAGCUAACAGCACCCCCGCUGCUGCUUUCUCUGGCUCCAAGAUCUCUUUCGAUUAA